GGGGAACGUGACACAGGUUCCAACCGUCACUGCUCUCAGUGACGAGACAUCCACUCCAUUAGCUCCAUUAAUCCGUCGUCUCUCUAUUUCACACCGCCAAUUCCUUAACCACCCUUAAAUUGAACGUGGUAUGCAAUGAGCUCGGCAGGUGGACUUUCUCGAAGGCGGGUGGGUGGAGCUUCAUCGUCCUCAACUUCGGAUGACGCCCCAAGUCCUGGAUGGACACCAAAUGGUCCCAGCCCUAAUGGAACCGUUGCAACGCAUGCAGGCUCUGCUUUUGAAGGUGGAAGUAAAGUUGCAUUUGAUCCUCGCGACCUCGAUCAAGUUGAGGAGGACAGUCGCAACGGUGGAAGAAUGCCUCGGCUGACCAUCAUGGAAGAGGUGCUCCUUCUUGGUCUCAAAGACAAACAUGGCUAUCUCUCCUUCUGGAACGACAGCAUAUCAUAUGCACUUAGAGGGUGUAUCCUCAUCGAACUCGCACUUCGCCGCCGCAUAGCUCUAGUUAAGGAUUCAAAUCAACGCCGGAGUCCACUCGCAGACAGGCUGGUUGAGGUUAUUGACGACAAACAGACGGGUGAAACUAUCCUUGAUGAAGCGCUGAGGAUGAUGAAGGGUCAGGAGUCAGAUAGAAUGUCAAUAACUGGCUGGGUUGAUCUAAUGAGCGGAGAGACAUGGAAUGUCAUGAAAAUUGGAUAUCAACUUAAGCAGGUUCGCGAACGCCUAGCAAAAGGAUUGGUGGAUAAGGGUGUUCUGCGGACUGAAAAGCGUAAUUUCCUGUUGUUCGAUAUGGCCACACACCCCGUCGCCGACGUACGGACGAAGGAUACCAUUAUCACACGGGCGGUCUCGCUACUCACUGCGACCACUUCUACAGUACCACCAAGCGCUUUGGACAAGGAAGGCACUCAAUGCAGGGUCACACGGGCCGUCUGCUUGGUGUGUGCAGCAUAUGCAGCUAGCGUGUUGGACAAUGCGUUUGGCAGAUUGACAUAUGAAGAUAGGGAAGCAGCUUUUCAGAGAUGUGACGAGAUACUAGCGGAGUUUGCUUGUUGGCCGUUCGGGUCUAACUCAGCGACAGGGAGUGGCGGUGGUAGAAGGAGGGAAGCUGUGAAGAUCGGGAUGGGAAAUACUACACCUAGUGGACGGGAGAGCGUGCUCGGUCUUGUGCAAGAGGUGAAGCGGGAGAUGAACGGGGAGGAGGACCACGGGUUCCAAUUGAUUGCAGGAGUCCUCGAAGUUCUUUCAAAAUUAGAUUCACUAUUGUGAAGGGUGAAUGGAUAAUUUUCUGCGCUCUCUUGGUACUUUUUGGAUGUCCAUACGAGCUAUCUAGCUUUUUGUUGAUAUUUAUAUUAUUUUUACCUCA